AUGUCGGAUGACCCCGAUAUCAACCCCCCUCUUUCCACACCCAACUCACCACAGCCAAACACGCAAACAACUUUCACCGAGACCACCGCAAAUGUCUCUUUCCCGAAAAAGGACCAAAUUUUCAACACAAUCCAAGAUGUACCACAGAUAGAAUACAUUAAAGCAUUCAGCUUACUUACGUCACCAAACAAUAUAAAAUUUGCAUCUCGCGUGUCGUACAAUAUGUUCUGUACAUACUUCGCAAGCAAAAACAUCGUCGAGCAAAUCAUCGCAAAACAUUACAUAACAAUAAACAACUCCGAAAUACCGUAUCGCCGCCUUAUCAACCUUGCUGAGCGCAUAAUACUGUCCAAUGUCCAACCUGUAAUCCCACACGACAUAAUCGCUAAAGCUAUUAACAAUCUUUCAAUUAAAAUGCUAUCACCGAUUACAUUUAUGAAGGCCGGUUUUUCUAAUGACGAGUUCGAGGCAGCUUCAGACGACAACUAUAUAUACCCCGAGCACAGUGAUAAAAUCCCGAGCUCGAUUUUAAUCAUAGACAAUAAAGAUAUGGAUAGGCCAUGGCUAUAUUAA